CCAGAUCCUGGUGUCCCAAGUUCAUUGUUAAGGGACUGAGAACUUAAUCUUCCAAAAUGUCAAAAAGACCAUCUUAUGCCCCACCUCCCACCCCAGCUCCUGCAACACAAAUGCCCAGCACACUAGGGUUUGUGGGAUACAAUCCAUACAGUCAUCUGGCCUACAACUACAGGCUGGGAGGGAACCCGGGCACCAACAGCCAGGUCACGGCUUCCUCUGGCAUUACAAUUCCCAAACCCCCAAAGCCACCAGAUAAGCCUCUGAUGCCCUAUAUGAGAUACAGCAGAAAGGUUUGGGACCAAGUAAAGGCUUCCAAUCCUGACUUAAAGUUAUGGGAGAUUGGCAAAAUCAUUGGUGGGAUGUGGCGAGACCUUACUGAUGAAGAGAAACAAGAAUAUUUGAAUGAAUACGAAGCAGAAAAGAUAGAGUAUAAUGAAUCUAUGAAGGCCUAUCAUAAUUCACCUGCAUACCUUGCUUACAUCAAUGCAAAAAGUCGAGCUGAAGCUGCAUUAGAAGAGGAAAGUCGACAGAGACAGUCCCGAAUGGAGAAAGGAGAACCUUAUAUGAGCAUCCAACCAGCAGAAGAUCCAGAUGACUAUGAUGAUGGUUUUUCAAUGAAGCACACAGCCACUGCCCGUUUCCAGAGAAACCACCGGUUAAUCAGUGAGAUAUUAAGUGAAAGUGUGGUACCAGAUGUUCGUUCAGUGGUUACCACGGCCAGAAUGCAGGUUCUUAAACGACAAGUUCAGUUCUUAAUGGUCCACCAGAGAAAAUUAGAAGCUGAACUCUUACAAAUAGAAGAACGUCACCAGGAAAAAAAGAGAAAGUUUUUAGAAAGUACAGAUUCCUUUAACAACGAACUCAAAAGGUUAUGCAGCUUAAAAGUGGAAGUAGACAUGGAAAAAAUAGCAGCUGAAAUUGCCCAGGCAGAGGAACAAGCCUGCAAACGGCAGGAGGAAUGAGAGAAAGAAGCGAUGGAGCAGGCAGAGCGAAGUCAAAGUGGUACUAGUGUUGCUGACAACCAGACAGCUAGCAAAGGUGAUGAGAAGAAGGAAGAGGAAACCACUCCGAUGGAGACAGAAGAGACACACCCAGAAGAAACUACAGAAAGUCAACAGAAUGGUGAAGAAGGAACAUCUACCCCUGAAGAUAAGGAGAGUGGCCAAGAGGGAGUAGAUAGCAUGGCAGAAGAAGGUACUAGUGACAGCAACACUGGUUCAGAGAGCAACAGUGCCACAGUGGAGGAGCCUUCGACAGAUCCUGCACCAGAGGACAGUGAGAAGAAAGAAUAAAUGUUAACUAAUUCCA